CAAGCGAGUGAAUGCACAGUUGACCGUCGUGUUCUCACUCACAUAAAGAACGUAAUACGCAACGACAACUAUUUAUUUUAAGCUCAGUCAAUGGUAUCCUUGUUGGCAUAUAUCGUUAUAGUCACAUCAUAAUUUUGCAAUUGCAUGACGAUAUUCCGCAAGGCUUCUUAUCUUACAGUUUACACGAACGACUGUUGCGCAACAUCUGUGAAUUGUCGUCUAGAUUUCACAACGUAUUCCGAUAUUACACAGCAAAGGAAUAUUGACAGAGCUCAAACAGCCGCUGCUUUCAAAAUGUAUACGAGAUUUCUUGUCGUGUGUGCGUUGCUGAUACUCAAACGAAUUUCAUUAGGAUACGCAGAAGAAGUUUCAUCGGGAGAGCGACAAACUACUGCAGGUUAUUCCUCAACACAAGCGAAACUUCAAACAACAGAAGAACGGCAAACUAUGGGAGAACUUACAUCAUCGGAACUUCAAACGACACGAGAAGUUUCGUCGACACAAGCAACAUCUGAAACUGCAACAGAAAUUACAGUAUCAGAACUUCAAACCGUUGUAGGCGUUUUAUUAUCAGAACCGCUAACAGCGACAGGAGUUUCAUCACCUGAAAUUCAAACUUUAACAUACGGCCCAUCCGCAGAUGUAGAUCUUCAGACGAACACAGACACGCUGUCAGCAGCAUCUAAAACAACUAACGAGGUCUCAUCACCAGUACCUCGAACUACGACAGAAGUGUUAUCAGCAGAACCUAACACUACAAAAGAUGUCUCGUCAUUAGAGCCUCAAACUACAACAGACGUUCCAUCAGCAGAACCUCAAACCACAGCAGAAGUUUCAUCAGCAGAACAUCAAACUACAGCAGACGUUCAGUCAACAGAACAUCAAACCACAGCAGUCGUUCCAUCAGCAGAACAUCAAACUACAGCAGACGUUCCAUCAGCAGAACAUCAAACUACAGCAGACGUUCCAUCAGCAGAACAUCAAACUACAGCAGACGUUUUAUCAGCAGAACCUCAAACUACAGCAGACGUUCCAUCAGCAGAACAUCAAACUACAGCAGACGUUUCAUCAGCAGAACAUCAAACUACAGCAGAAGUUUUAUCAGCAGAACCUCAAACUACAGCAGAAGUUCAGUCAACAGAACAUCAAACUACAGCAACAAUUCCCUCAGCACAACGUCAAACUCCAGAUGAGGUUUCAUCAGCAGAACAUCAAACUACAGCAGACGUUUUAUCAGCAGAACCUCAAACUACAGCAGAAGUUCAUUCAACAGAACAUCAAACUACAGCAACAAUUCCGUCAGCACAACGUCAAACCCCAGAUGAGGUUUCAUCAGCCGAACCUACAACUACAGGAGAUAUUCAGUCAACGGAACUUCAAACUACAAACGAAAUUAGAUCAACAGUUGAUUCAUCUACUACUUUGCCAGAUAUGAUGUCCACAUCAACGGCUAUAGAGCCAAGUGAGGGCUUUAAAAAAGUGAAAGGACGUAUUCGGAUAACAGAUGGAUUCGAGUUUACAACACAAUUGGCAAUCAGUACGUCCAUAGAAUUUCAAGAUGCAGAGGAUAAAAUGAAAGAAAUGUUGUCACGACUAUUUGAAGAUAGUUCCAUAAGAAACAGAUUUAUAAGAGUGUCCAUACUGAAGUUCAGUUCGGGAUCAGUAUGGGUAGAUUUUCUGCUUUGGAUUACAAGCAACUCGACUACUCCAAGUGAAUCAGUGGUUCAGGAGGUAGCAUCGGCCUUUAUAGAAACCGUUGAGCGACUAGAUGGCAAUGUAACUGGAUAUAAAAUCGACCGCAUAUCUCACUCGUUUACGGCGUACUCAAACUUUAAUCGGGAGCCCAGGGCUGUGCUGCGAAUCAUCGAUGGUGUUAAGUGGUCGGUCACGCUACGCGACGGUCGACAGCAAUACACGCAGGACCUAAACAUGACACUCACUCAGCUGCUAACUGCAGCCUACAAUAGCACAAUCACAGAUGCGGAGUUUUUAGCUGUCAGGAUAAAUAGGUUCAGUGGAAGCGAGUCUGAUGGUGUUAAGGUUGAAUAUACAGUCAUCCUAACACCCGGAGCGGGAAAUGGUAUAAGUCUCGUUAGUCGAGCAUUCGGGCAAUACAUCGACGAACACGGUGCGCAACUGGGCGCUUACACUAUCGACGAAAACUACUCAUCAAUUAUAAGCGGUACUGAUACCCCGUUACCAACCGCCCCAGCACAAUCUCAGGGAUUAGAAACGUGGGUGAUCACCGUCAUCAUAGUUGGUGUAGUAGUCUUCGUGCUAUUCGUGGGCCUCUUCAUUAUCAUGGCAUGCCCUAUGAGGAGGAAACGCGACCUAGCACUGCUGGCGAACAGUUAUCAGUCAUCUAUAAGCAGCGCUCACCAGCAGCAGCAAUAUUACCAUGGAAACAUGGAUAAAUUGCUCAUGAACGACAUUACCAGUGUGCGAAAUGGAGGCAUCGAACACAAGCAGCGAGGAGAAUUUCAUAUUGAGAUGUCAAGCCGCACUGGGACAUGGAACCCUACGUAUUUGGAAUCUCCCGAGAAAGAUAUGCCGGAGGAAGCGGAUAACAUCUCAACUUACAUGUGACGGGAGAAUAGAAUAAUCACUUAAUAAUUAUAGCAGCCAAUCAAAUUAAUAAUCGCGUAGUAUUAUAACUUACUAGGUCGUUACUAAACUAGUUUAAUUUCUAUUUAUUUGAAAAACAAAAUCAUUUAACCAAAUAAUAAAAAAAAAAAACCGAAACAAAUCGAAAUCACUACAACGCGCAGAGAGAAUAAUUUACUGUAGAGCCUUCGAUAAUUUUUGUAUAUCUUUGUUCCCAUUUUAUUACUAAAAUAUCUCCUACUAAAUCGUACAACACCUAUCCAUAUAUAUAGGCAAUGUGGCAUAGUAUACUUUAAAUUAUGCACUAUCCUUCAAUUAUAUUAUAUAUUAAUUAAUUGUAUAUUAUUGAUAAGAUUCAUAGUUUAUGCCUUGUUUGUUCAAAUGAUUUUUUGUAUUGCAUGCAUCCUGUAUGUUUGCAUGGUGUUGCAUGUUCAUUUUCUUGUAGUAAUGCUAUGUCAACAUUCGGUGCCACGUGAAGAAUAUGUGGCGCAUAUCGUAGACAUUAUCGCUAUAAUUGCAUACUAUAUAUCUGUUUCUGAUGAAAGUGGCCUACUCUUAUAAAUACAUAUCCAUUCUCUACUUCAUUGCUGUAAUUUGCCGGCGAUAUCUCGUGUUGCCAUACGAAAUUUACCUGGUGGAAGUAAAAGAACCUGCUGUUAUGACUUUUAUCGUGAGAUAUGAACGGCUGGAUUUAAAUGAAGGCGAUUCGCAGCUAUUAUUUAACUGAUAUAAAAAAGUUAAUCAUGAAAGAUGUCUGCCAACACGUUUUAUAACAGAAAAUUAUAUCUAGUGCAACAUUAAAUAUAAUAAAUACUGUCAUCGUACAUGAUAUUCAUAUAA